CUUAGGAUAUUUACCGUGAAAAGAUUUAUUUCGGUAGUUUGCACCCAACCCUUCAAUUGUGGCAUAAAUAGUCUGGUGAUCAACUGAAAAUUUUCAUAAAACAAAACUUGAAGCAUUUCCAUUUUACAAUGACAACCUAUGCUCGAUUAUAAAACUUUUUGCCUUCAAGUAUUAACAACUCCUGGAUUUCUAGUCAUUUUCUUUCAGAGAUUAUCAAGCUUCGUCUAACAACAUAAUUUUGAAUUAAAAAAAUGUUAAGACAUUUAAGAUGUUGAAGACAGUCGCUUUCAAAAAUGUUCAAAAUUAUGUCAUGCAUAUAACACCUUAACGCAUUUAAUCACAGUUUCUUUGAUUCGCUGGUUUGCACUAGAAUAUUUACUUACGAACCUGUAAACAAACCUAUUAACGUGAAGUGAAUAAGAAGUAAACGGACCUGCUGUUUUUAUACUUUAACAUUCGCCAUAAAGGAAAACCAAUUUAAAUUGUGAGUAAUGAGCUAGCUUUUGUUUACUUGUUGGAGUUUACCUUAGAAAAUGAUGACAUACAAAAACGCCUUCACACACCUGAGGUACUGUUCCAUCUGGAUCAAGCAUAUGAUAGAAGUAUUACUUUUUUUACAUCGUAUUUUCACAUGAAAUUUGAAAACCUUAGAUGGAUUAUGCUAUAUUCAAAUAAAAUUGUCAGAUAUUGCUUUUAGGUAUGGUGCAUACAUAGUAAGGAGGCCUUGGAAAUACACACAGUACCUAAAGUGAUUCUUUUAAGCUUCUUUCUUAUACUUUUUUGCAGAUUCCUCUGAAUUUUCAAAAUACGUCUUGUGUUAUGAAGCUACAUGGAGAGAUAUAUUUUCGAUUUGGAUAUCACAACUUUUCUUAGAAACCUUGUGUCAACAUUUGUUUUAGAAUAGUGAAGAAUCACAGUCAUAUAAAAUCUGCCAGACAACCAGAACCUAAACAUACACAUUUUACAACAAGCAUCAAGGAAAUUUUUUGACUCGAUUCCAGUCGAUAGCUUCAUCAACUUUGAAACUUCAGAAGCUGAUUUCCAUUCUAUGAACAGCCCAUGAUUAUAAACCCGUGAAAUAAGCAUGAUAGUAACAAAUUUUAUGUUUUUCAAAACUUUAAUCAAAAGAUUUAUUUUGUUUUUUAUAUUUUUUAUCAUCUUGAUUCAAGGUUUAGGAAAAUGAACUGUUUAUGACCAGCAUAGGCAAAGGAGAUGAUGCACAUGAGGCGAGGAAGAUAUGGCAAGCAUUCAUAAACUGCCAAUUUACGUUAUUAUCGGCUUCUGGAUCGUAUUCUAUAGCUAUGGACAGUCAGAGAUGUUAGAAAAAGUGAAUCGCACUGGUGAACAUAAAAGUCCAUAUAAAACGCUUGCAAAACCAUCUACCGUACAAGCCAAUGGUGCUUUGGACUUCCAAACGAGUAAAAAACAUAAAAAUAUGCAUCCGGUUCGAAUGAAUACAAAAUCUCACAGCCAAAGACUCUCCACCACAGCAACACGAAUAAGGUCAUCAAAGUCUUCAAGAAAAGACUCCUUGGUUUUAGUAAGCCAGUUAAAAACGAAUGUAACAACAAAGGAGUAUAUUCGUGUACCUAUCGUUGCUGAAAGUGAACAAAGUCCUGUAAAUAAGUUUCUAAGUCUCAGUUGGAAGAUAAAAUCUACAACUCUUUCCAACAUAAGUUCAUUUCCACCUGUUUUGAAGGAUUCUACCCUAAAGAUAUCUGGUUACCCUAACGAGAUUAAUGCUGACAAUCACGUUACUUCCAAAAUUUAUCCUCUUCUUCAAAAUGGAAAACAGUUAAGUAAUGGAUUGAGCUCAAAACCAAGAUAUACUUGUGACAAUGGUACUUGCAUUUUGAUAAGUAGGUUGAAUACUAGCAAAACUAAGACAAGAUUUGAGCAAAAAUAUAUUAACCACCCUCAUGAAUUUGGAACAAAGAAGCUGUCUUUUUCGUAUUUAGAAAAGACAGGGACAAAGAAACAUCAUUCGAAGCUAAAACGAGACGUAAAAUCAAAACAUGGUAAAAAUGAUAAAGAUUUUGGUAAAAAGAUUAGUGCUCUUCUGAAAGACUUAAAGUCAUUGAUGGAGUCCUCCCAAGAUAAAAAGGUUUUAAAGAUGUUACAAAGAGAAGUUUUGAAAGAGACUCAUUUUGAUGGAAAGAAAAAGCAUAGGAAAGUACGCAAGUUUGGAAAUAAAAGACGACACAAGCCAAAAAGGAUACAUGCAGAAAAAAGAUGGAAAAACAGCUUGAAUAGAAAGAAGUCAGAUUUAAAAAAACUGGCGAGGUAUUUAGCUGCACAAAACAUUGUCAGGAGUGGAUGGCCUUUUCUACAUUAUGAAAGAAAUUUAACGGAAUUAUACAUAUUGCUUCGCAAAUUGAGAUUGCGUGGCAUGCAUUCGAGUGAUGUUACUAGCCUUUUGAAACCAACACAACUUCAUACUGAAUUGAAUAAAAGCGUCUUGCUGCCUGAAUUACCUUUGCAUACUAUGUAUGGAAGCUCUCUUAGACAAACUGAAGUAUCAGGAGGUAAAACUGGGUCAGAGAAGACAAUCAAAACAAUCUUGAAGCCAUCUUUUGCAAUUGUAUCACGAAAUGUCACUAAAACGCCUUCAUUAAAUGGAAGAACGAUUCUAAGCAGCAUGCACCCUGAUCAUUCCUCGAUUUUGGUUGGUAGGAAUAUUGCUCAAAAUCAACGAGCAUUGAACGAAGAUAGAUCGGGGUUAAUCUCGGCGAGAAAUAAAUCUGCACCCGGAUCAUUAUAUUUUGAUACAACCAAGGACGGCAUCCACAGUACUUCGAUUCGACAAUAUCUUUCUUUGUUCCGUAGCCAGUCAAUUACAAGUCUCGUAUCUAUGACAACUCAGUUCUUGGAUGAUAGACAACUGCCUACCAUACGAACGUCAAUCAAAACACCAAAUGCAGCAUCUGCUAGUAUUCGUAAUCUACUUUCCUCGUCUGCUACAAGAGUCGUUGAUUCUUUGAAUGACAAACUAAUAUCUGAUCUUCUUGAUGCAUACAAUAUAGCUUUAAAGAAUAGAGUAGCACAUGGUCAAGAAUCUACAGAACGCAAGCUAGAUGAGCAUUCGACUCAAAAUGACCGUACAAGCAGUGUCGUUUAUUCCACGGAUAUCACGAGAUAUGUCACUAGUACCCAGUUCCAUAAUGACUCUUCCACUUAUAUAACCACCUUGCAAGCUACGCAGUCAAGAUUUGCCUAUGGAGCAAAUUUGAGUCUGAUAAUGGAUAAAGACCAACCGGAAUUAGAUCAACCUCUACUUUCAAAUUCACUGGAUGUACAAAAUGCAAGCCAACUUUCUGAUGAGGAUAAGGAAUUGUAUUUGCUCCAGAAUCUAGAUAAUAUUGUCAAUGGAAACUUAAGCAUUUCUUUCCCAUUUUCUCAAAAGAACCCUCCUGUUGACGAGGAAAAUAACAUUCCUUAUUUUGAAAAAAAUGAAACUGGCGGAAAUAACAGAGACUUGUGGGAUAGCAAUAUUGACCGAGUCGAAAACAGAAGUAGGGAUAUCAAAGAUUCAUUGUUAGUGUAUCCUGCCAGCACUGCAGCAACGAAUGAUGCCUCGACUGCAAGGAGUGACUAUGUGACAGAGAAAACCCAGCAACUCUUUUCUGAAGAACCCACAAUAAAGCAAAGCAAGGAAUUAGCAAUAAAAGAUGUACCCAAAGCAACGAUGAAGCUCGAAAGAGAUCUUAAUCUGAACGCUGAAGGAAAAAAUUUUCUUGUGACUUUGGAGAUUCUUGGUGAAAAGUUUGAUGAAUCUCUCCUGUCGGUUGAGAGCAGACGAUUCCAAAAUUUGCGUGAGAGCUUUCAAAAUUCGCUAUUGAAGCUUUACAGUAAUGACGAUUCCUAUGUCUCCACGAGGAUUCAUGGUUUCAGGCGAGGUCCCACUAUAGGUGCAUUCUAUGUCGACGUGGUUAUGAAAUUUUCAACCAUUAGUCAGUCACACUUAUUGUUGCUUGCUGAAAAGCUGAAAUCAAGAGCAUUUGGCAACGUAGCUGUUGGGGAAUCAAUAAUCAAGAUUGUUCGCCUGAACGAUGACCUUAAAGAAAUUACAUGGUGCAAACCUCCGUGCUAUCGCCCUUACAAAUGCUUUCCACAGUGCUCGCGAGACUGCUGUGUCAAGCCCGUUCUGUCGAUUAUCAACGGUCAAAGUCAGCCAAGAUAUAAAGCAUCAUUUAAGAACACUGGCAUGGGAUCGAUGAAUCAGCUUCCCAACCAACCCUUACUUUCAUACAGAAACGCUGGUCUAAUACCAUGUUGGCCUGGGUGCUCGACGAUGUGCUACCCCCAAUGUACAUUUCUGUGCUGUAUGACCUUCCGCGGCUAAAGGUGAAAAAGCAAACAUAACGAUUGUUCGAAAUUCUCUUCUGCAGCUAAGAUGUUCCCUUACAGUACAUAUUUCAUACAGUACCGAUUUAUAACAGAUGUUUAGAGAGUUCUAUUUUACUAAGGGCGUGGUAUCUAGAAAUUUGCUGUGCCCCAAAACAAUAUCCAAGAAUAUAAUCUCUAGGUCACUGUAUACCCUCUCCUUCUGUAAACUCCUUGCACUAGAGAACGCAUUUACAAAUGAAGUCCCAAUAGACGUGAAAUUUUCAUCGAUUUGAUGCAUCUUAGGAGCGAUGCAUGUUCCUUAGAGGAAACUUGCGUGUAUUGUAAGAAUCUCUGGAGAGUUUCAGGGGAAUGCGUAAUCUAUUUGUUUUCGCUUCCUUGAGAAUACAUCUUUCUUUAACGUUGGGGCUGUCAGUCUUUAGAGAAUAAAUGUAUUGCUUGACGUAUUUACUCAAUGAGGUAUUUGUAACUGGAGAGAGCUGUUCCAAGAACGUGGUCUUUAUGGUGCAGACAUUUAUUAAUAUACGCAAGAUACCAUAAGCUGUAAGUAGUUUAUUGUUAUGGUGUCCUAAAUUAGUUGACUGAGACUAAGCAUUGUAAAAAUUUGUAUACAUUUAGUGUGAAUAAUUCUCAUGAAGCUAAUUUAUGGUAUCCAAUGUCAUUUAGUAGUGAAAUUCAAGUAGCGUGCGAGUGGCAAAUAUGA